UAUCGAUGGUAAAAACGUCCGUCUAGCUUUUGAAGGAACGAAACUCGCUUGAACACCAUCAUGUCAUUCGAGAAGAUCGCAUGACACGUCAUUUUAACGACGAAGGCCGCGUCCCAUGGAAGAUGAGCGCAAACGAUUACAAUAGAUUUCGUUGGAACAUCUUACCCAGCUAUGACGAUUACCUUAUCAAAGACAACUAUAACGCCGAGAAGAAAAUGCAGAGUGGCGGCAGCUCGAAUCGAUUCGACGACGAUGACGAUGACGACGACAAUUUCUUCAGUGGUGGACCGUGCCCGUCGUGCAGACUGGCGAUUAACCAGGAAACCGGUAGACUCAAAUGGUGUACGGGCGAAACGCGGCGUGUUAAACUGAUGCUCUUGAUACCGGCCGUGUUGCUGCCGAUUACUGUAGUCUUCAUCGUUCUGUCGCGAUUUCAAGGUACGAACCUUGGAAUUUCGGAGUCGCGGAUAUCACAUGGAAUGCACAGAAGGCAGAAGGAGCGAAAGAUGGACAUUUCUUGGUCGACUACCGGUCGCAACGAUGUGCCGCCCGCUGCCGGAGAGGAUCGGAUUUUACUCUUCGAUAUGAAAACGAGUUACGUUCCCGACGCGUACCCGCCGCUUCGCCGAUCACGACGCAAGAGAAACACCGAUGGGGAAAGCCGCGCGAGGAUCGGAUCUCGCGUCUCGAAGGACGAUCGAACCAUAUCACACGGCCAUUUAAAUAACGGCAAAUUAGCAGACUCCGCUUCUUCGAGGAAAGAAUUAGAUCGCGAAGAAAAUGAUACGGCGAGAAAGUUCUUUUCGGAUCGGAGCGUCAACUACUUCAUCGAUAAAGUAAAGGUGGAGGACGGCAGCGAUGAUGCGCAGGAUCUCGACGAAGAGAUGGACAAUUUUUUAGACGAUUACCAUCCGGAAAUUGACGAUACCUAUGAAAGCAGUGGUGGAAGCAAGGAUUAUUAUUCCGAGUACGACGGUGGCACGACGGGAACAAACGAUGGACGAGAAUCGAGGAAGAAGAAGUCGACUCGGCAAAAGGACGGUAUUCCGUUUAUCAACAGCACAUGGUUAUCGGUGGCUGUCGAUCAGAUUCCCUAUCUUCGUACAUUCUGGAGAGACGAGGGAAAUGCCAGGAGUAUCAGAGAGGCCCGAGCUCGGAUAAUGCUGAGAUAUAUGGAUAAGAGUGCAGACCCGUGUCAGGAUUUUUAUCGAUAUGCUUGCGGUAACUGGGCGAAACGUAAUCCUAUUCCAAAGGAUAAGGCCGGUUACGACACUUUCGAAAUGCUUCGAGAAUCGUUGGAUUCCGUAUUAAGGGAGCUGCUAGAGGAGCCGCCGCACACGGCUCAAUUAAGCGCCGAUGACGCUAUUGUAAAGGCGAAGAAUCUGUUCGGAAGUUGCAUGAACUACGAGAUCUUGGAACGGCGUAUGGAACGACCGCUUAUUCAACUAUUGGACCAACUCGGCGGUUGGCCGAUACUGAGGCCGGAUUGGAAUUCAGACAAAUUCGACUGGCUUCUUUUGACCGCGCAACUUCGACUGUACAAUAACGACGUAUUGAUCUCAGAAUGGGUGGGUCCAGAUAUUAAAAACAGCGACAAGUACGUAAUACAGUUUGACCAAACGUCGCUCGGUCUUCCCACGAGAGAUUAUUUCCUUCAACGAUCCAAUACGGUAUAUUUAGAGGCCUACAAGGAAUAUUUGAUCAAGAUUGCGACUUUACUCGGCGCAUCCUUAGAUAACGCGACCGUACAGGCCGGACAACUAAUCGAAUUCGAGACGCAGCUCGCAACGAUUACGUCGUCACCCGACGAGAGACGAAACUUUUCCGAGCUUUAUCAACGAAUGAGUAUUGGCGAGCUGAGGAUGUUAGUGCCGCAAAUUGAUUGGCGUCGUUAUUUGUCCAUCGUUCUGGCCAGACCGGUCAACUUGUCCGAACCGGUUGUAGUCUUUGCGUUGCAGUACAUUCAGGAUCUGGUUGUCCUACUUUCGAAAACACGACCUAGAACAGUGGCGAAUUAUCUGUUAUGGAGAUUUGUGCGACACCGAGUGAACAAUCUGGACGAUCGUUUCCAGGCGGUGAAACAAAAGUUUUACUACAUUUUGUUCGGCAGAGAGCAAGCACCAUCGAGAUGGAAGAAUUGUGUCACCCAAGUGAAUUCCAACAUGGGUAUGGCAGUCGGCUCGAUGUUUGUGAAGAAGUAUUUCGACGAAAACAGCAAAAAUGACACAUUGUCAAUGACCCGUGAGAUACAGCGAUCGUUCAGGGAAUUAUUCGAUAAAACCAAUUGGAUCGAUGGCGAGACGAAACGCUUGGCGACUGAAAAGGUAAACGCUAUGUCGCUGAGGAUCGGCUAUCCAGAUUUUAUCCUGCAGCCACAUCUACUGAACGAACGUUACAAAGAUGUUAUCAUUCGACCAGACAAAUAUUUCGAAAACACUCUAAAUAUCUUGAAACACUUGACCAGACUCGAACAAGAUCGUCUCGGCAACACUGUCAACAAAACUUUGUGGAAUACCGCUCCAGCGGUCGUGAACGCGUAUUAUAGUCGCAACAAAAAUCAGAUAAUGUUUCCAGCGGGCAUACUACAACCUCCCUUUUAUCACAGAUUCUUUCCACGAAGCUUAAAUUACGGCGGAAUUGGCGUCGUGAUCGGACACGAGAUCACUCAUGGAUUUGACGAUAAAGGUAGACUGUUCGAUAAGAAUGGCAACCUCCACAGAUGGUGGAAGGACGAAGCUAUAAAUAGCUUUCAUCGGCGUGCGCAAUGUCUCAUCGAUCAAUACGCUCGUUAUACCGUGACGGAAGUCGGGAUGCAGAUAGAUGGCGUAAAUACGCAAGGCGAAAACAUCGCCGAUAACGGCGGUAUCAAGCAGGCGUUUACGGCAUACGAGAGGUGGUUGCGCGCUAACCAAGAGGAAGACGAGACUCUGCCUGGAAUUAGUGCGACGGGCAAACAAUUAUUCUUCUUGAAUUUUGCUCAAGUCUGGUGCGGCUCGAUGCGUCCCGAAGCAACUAGAAAUAAAUUGAAAACAGCCGUACACUCGCCCGUUUGCGUGUGACUCUCCUCGUGCAUAUGACGCCCUGCUGCAUCAUCAACGUCAGCGCAGCACAAGGCACAAAAAUCACUCGGUUACGUAUCUAGGGUGGUGCAAUGUACAUGCGAGCGAUAAACUUUUUAAAACAUUUUUUAUCUUCAAUCUCAGAACAUAGAAAGAGCAGAUAGGAAGUAACGCGAGAAAUCGAAUACAAUCUAUUAAAUAAUAUGACGUUUUUCCCCCUUUCGCGGGAUGUUGAAUUAAUUUCCGAUAAACAGAAAAAGAUUUCAGACUUUUCAGAUAUAUUGCACGACCUGCUUGUAAGCUAACUUUCACAUUAUCAAGUAUAAUUGUUGAUGUCAUCGUAUGAAGUCACUUGUGUAUAUUUGCGUUUAUAUAAAUAUUAUAUAGUUGAGAGCGUAACUCAAAGUUUAACAUUCUUUAUGCACAAUCUCCCAUAAAGAAAAGAUAUAUUUUUACAAACCAAUCAUAUGUCAAAUUGUACUAUAAUUAUAAGCUUAUAAAUGAAAACGAUACAUUUUUUCUUUCAUCUGAAACGCAACAAACGUUUAGUCAAUUGGGAAAAUUGCACGACAUUCAUCCUUCAAAUACAGCUUCGUAACGAGUAACAUAGUACAAAAUGAGACGCGAUUCGACGAAACAUCACUGCCAAAGAACAUGAAUGAAACGUUACAGUGUAAUCGAUGCUCUUCUCGUUCAUUUCCAAUCGAUCGAAGAGAUUGAUGCGCAUACAUACACAUCAAUAUAUUCACAAAGUUAUAUUUGGCAGCUGACGUCUCGAAAUACCAAGCGUAUAUUGGAACAUUGGUAUAUACAGUGGAACAUUGAACGCAUUGCAGAUCAUUUACUUUCCUAGUUUGUACAAAUAACCACAUAGAUGUGUGCGUUUUUAUUUUCGUUUAUGUAUGUGUGCGCGUGUCGAAAGGAAACAUUGCCUUUCGUCGUUGAUUUGGAGAAAAGAAAGGCGGUUUCAACGUGUCCAAAGUUCCUCUGGUAGAAAUGGUACAUAUUAACGUUAUAAAACUAAGAAUAACCUUUCUGUCAUACCAUCGCGUCAAUGGAAAAAAAGAAACAUCUUUUCGUAGCAAAAUGCAGUAAAUCAAGUCGACGACAACGCAAUGGCAAGACGUAGGUAGAAGAAGAAGAACGCAUUUCGACGGAGUGGAACGUAAUGUUUAGAAUGUUAAAUGAAACAUACACAUGAAAAUCGUAUUACUAGUUAUAAAAAAUAUGACAAUGAAUAUAAUCUAUAAGAAAUGCGUACACCUCUGCAAGCACAUCUAUAUAAAUUAAAUCUUGUACGUCUUUCUAACACUGAUAAUAAUGGCACGUGUGUAGUAUGAGCAUAAUUUGCAUGUAUGUACAUUUCAAUGAAUUCAAAUACAAUGUCGCAUAACAUAAUUAUCGUGAGGAGUCUCUUCGAUUUUCGAGAAUAGCUUCUCAUUUAGGUAUGUGGUGUAUAGAAGAGUGCAUCACGCGUAGAUAAUUGAAAGUUUCCAACGAACUAACAAUUGAACGAACCACCUCUGGUCUAUACGAGUGUUUUCUCGGAUAAAUGUUUCUCAAGACAUCGCGCGAUCACUUGAAAUCAAAAUAAAUGAAUUUCGUCGAAUAUAUAGAAAUAAUAUCCUCUCGAAUCUUUUAAAGAAAUAGCUGCCCCAUUGUCGCAGACAAUCCUAAAAUGCAACCAAUUAAAAAAAUAUUAAUAAAUAUACGUACUUUCCCAUACAGAUAUAAACUACAUGCAUUCUGUAGAGAAAUAAUUGCAGAGACAUCUCGAUGUUCAAUCAUUCAUCGAGAUGAAAACGUGUUAUUUACAUGUUCAUUCUUGUGCUCUACGUGUAGUGCGCGUGCUGCUUUGAAGUAAAUAUUAAAUAAAAAUUACCACAUGUGGUUAUUAUUACAUGGUUGCAGUGAAGCGUGCAAUUUAAUCGUGUGUUCUGCCAUGUACGUAAUGAUAAAAUUAUAGUAAAGAGACAACUCUUCCGAGUGUCAACUGCGUGUGAAGUAUUGAACUGAAUGAAACGAAUAAUAUUAACAUGCGGGAAGACAACGCGCGAUAAACGAUAAAGGUAUUAGAUCGUUACGACCCGUUGGAACGAUUUGCUAAAAAUUAUUCCGCUUAUCUACAGCUGAGGACCCCCUCGCUGAGAUGAAAUUUUAUUUAUACUGUGUGUGUAUCUCAAAGAUAUUUCUUAACAGCACAAACAAGUGUUGUAUAAUAAGUUGUGUCGGAGACUACUAUUUUUUAUUACUCGAGUUUACUCGGGUUUCGUUGGAUCUUCCUUCAAAAAUUGCAACAUUUCCGAAUCAUAUUAGUAUAUACACUGCUCCGUGUACAUGCAAGAUACUUUGAGGUAACCAAAAUAGCCUUGACAAAUGCAACUCGUAUCGUUAUGCAGGAUGCACAGUCGGAAUGAUAU